CACAUUCAUAGGCUCCAUGCGGGCUUGCUCAGGCGGUGCAGCCAUUACACCCACUUUUUGUUUUUAGACUCGCCCUCGCAUCGGCAUUAGUCGCGUCCUGCCUUAGCCUUGUGCAUACUGCUUCACUUUGAUUCGGAUUUUGUCAGUCCCCCGCGGCGUUUGUAGUGCACUGACUCGCUGACUCGUCGCUCAUCGUGAUUUGAUAUUAUCCAGCUCCAGGUAACUCUCUGCUACUCGCUAUUCCUAUUCCUCAUCGCCAUCGUCGUCGCAAAGAAUCGCAUCGCAGUAUCAUCGAUGGCCUUGUGCUCUUCCAUUCGAAUUCGUGCUAUGAAAGGUCCUCACCUCUUUCCGAUUGUAAGUGUCGCACAGAAGUUACAUUUUUUGGUUUUUGUGGAAGAGGUAGGAGGUCGGUCCUGUCGGUAUGGAUUUAUUGCAUUUGUUGUGUUGUGUUUGUGAACAUCAAGAGGAAGAGCCGAAAGGAUGAAGCCAACCAAAUCGAGUCCCCCUGGACUGCCGUCGGAGCCUGCUUCUUCAUCGUCGCGUGGAGCUGCCUUGAUGUCCGCGCUGGACAUUAUGCAUUCCGACGGAAAAGAACAUAGCCGGCACGAUGAGAAGUUGUCCUUGUCUCGUAGUGCGACUAGCGCUAGCGCUGCAACCACAAGCAAGCCGACCACAGCCCAACUGGAGCGCGAAAUUUCUGCGAACCAAGAGAGCCUGUAUCGCGCACGGAUUGCGGGGCCGCUGCGAGCCGACCUUCGUGUGAAGGAGGCGCAGCUAAAGCACGUUACUAAGCAGCUGCAAAAUGUGCUGAAGGAGCAUGAGGAUCUCGUUUUCGAGAAAAAGUUCCUGCAUGAAAAGUACCACCUGCAGGGGGCUGAGGCUCGGGAGGCCAUUACGAGCUUGCAGCGCAAGAACAAAAGACUCACAGAGCGGGCAAACGGAACAAGUAGCGGUGGAGUUGUGGGCGGACCGGCUGCCGCUCCGAGUGGAGCAAGAACCACUCCAGACGUCGCUCUUGGUGUUAGCCCACCCUCACCAAAUUCUCCAGGAAGGCGGGGUCGAGUCACGUUUCCCACCGCCUCCGGCCGCGGACCCGCGGGAGCUCGUGGUCUGGGGUCGCACACGGCGAGAUCUGCGUCUUUUUCCACGACUACGACGACCACCCGACCAACAGGUCAGGCAUCUUCAUCUCGAGUAAAUUUCCGACCCCGCAGCGCGUCCCACGGAGGGACGACCGCUCUAGGAGCUGCAGGCUAUAACGAUGCCGACAACUUCCUCGACGACGAUUAUGACACUUUUGACGAGGAACAAGCCAAUUACGCCGGCACGCAAGAACUACAUUUCGGAGGCCAGCAUUCGCAACUUCAGGCGGCGACCACGAGCCCCGGAAGAAGUGGGGGAUCCGGAUCCUUUCCUGCCGGAAAAGCGGUGCUCAACACGGGCCAGCGGCAGAAACCGAACUGGAGCCGCACCCAUCUGCUGAACCAGCAGCAGAUGGCGAAGAUGCAGGAUGAGUUCAAACAGCUUCUGGCGACGCACGAGCACUACGUCUCGAUUUUCACGGAUUUGCUGCGGAAAAAGGAUUUUUUGGUGGACAAGAUCCAGACGGAUUCCUCUCAAGCGCUGCAGCGGAUCCAGGAGGACGAAAACGCAAAGCGGAUGCGGCUGGAACGGAUUUUACGGAGCUGUCAGGAUUGAAAUUAACAAAGUUGAAAGAAUUUGUGAUGCGUAAAAUCUAUACCAGUUGGACACACAGUUUCCAAUCGGCAAAUGACAAAUUUUCCUGGCCUCUGAAGCAAGUCUGUCAUGCUGUUUAGGACAAGAUGGCUCAGCCAUUGGCUGCUCCCUGUCAUGCUAGUCAGCUGCCCAAUUCUUGACCCUUGUCAGCACUAGAAUCCGCCUCCCUUGCGCCUUCUGCAAUAGAGUCAGUCUUUGUGUCGCAUUUUAUGCAUGACAAAGCGUAUAUUUGUGUUUCAACUUUGUCGAUUUCGAACCUGACACAUCCAUAGAUUUUGGAAGAGGAAAAGCGGCUCAUCGAGGCCGAGUGCAGCGCCUUUCUGGCCCAGCGGGAAGUGGAGUGGGAGGAGGAAAAAAAGCAGAUCGACGUGCGCGUCAAGGCUUGGGAGAAUGAGGUUGCCCAACUGAAAAAGAAGCUGCAGAACGACCGCGAAGCGCACGUGCUGGAGGUAGAGCACUGGAAACGGAAACACAGCUACUACAAAGACCGGUUUGGAGAGGCCGAACAGGAGCUGAAAGAACAACUGGACACGGCAAAAAAAGCGGAGCAGAUCGCCGCAUCCAAAACCGCGGGCAUUGAGGUAUAAGUACUUUUCAUCUUCAUGGUCAUCCGAUUUCAACAACGACGUUCAUACUCAAAGCACAGUCGAUAGAAGGGUGAUAUGCACGUUCUUCGUUCUGCAUUAUUUCAUCACGCCGCCUGGAAAAGUUGUGUGCGUUCUUCAUUGGAUGUGGAGAUUGUGAGCUGAGUUUUUUCUUCCUCGUUUCGCAGGCGAAGUGUCACCAGAUCGAGGAGAAGUUACGGCGUGAGCACGGCGAGAAGUUGACUGAAGCCGUGGCGAAAGAGGCGAAGCGCCAGGACUUGCGGCUCGAGAACGCGCUGUCCGCACUGAAGAUCGAGCAUGAAUCCGAAAAGGUCGAUCGCCAGGCGCUGAUGGACCGGGACAAGCAACAGGCGCUCCGGGAGCUGGACCUGGCCAAAAACAUGGAAGCGCAGGAACUCUUGCACCAGAAGGAGGAAGCGACGCAAAAAAUGCUCACAGACAAGGAGCACGAGCUGGCAGCGGCCAAAACGCAAAUCAAAAAGGAGUUCGCGGACAACCUGCAGCAGGCACGCAGGGAGUGGGAAGAAAAUCGAAGGAAAGCCGAGGAGGAAGAAAGAAAGAGGUAAAGACGAUUCUUUUGCUGAUGCUCAUACAACAUGUCGCGAUAGACAACAUGGAGUGCCGUUUAGUAGAUUCUUUUGCGAAAGGAAGAUAAAGAACGCAAGCGACAUCAUCAUGCAGUUUUAUUUUGUACGAGUGAAAAACUUUGAUUUUUUCAAGAAAGUAGUUCUCGUUCUUGUUUGUUGUGGUAGGUCAGAAGAAGUGGCGCGCAUGAAGACGCGGGAGCAGCAUUUGGCCAUCCAGGAACUAACGGCGCACCACGAACUCGCAAUGGCGACUGCGCAUGGAGACUUGAUUGAGAAGGCAGAGACAGCUCGCCGGGAAAAAGACGAAGAGGAGCGGAAGCGCCGGGACUUGGAGCGGCAAAAAGAGGAGAGUGAGUUCACGCUGCAGAAGCAGAUCAAGGAACUGCAACGCCGCCUCAAUCUGUGGGUCCACGGCUACGCCAGCGUGAAGCACCUCAAGGUAGCGCAAGAAGCCUUCCGACGGGCCUUAACGAGUGAUCCAACGCUAAGACGAUUGCCAUCAUUGACGGAGCGCUAUGACGAACAGUCCUUCACAGAGAAGGUUAAUCGAGAGCUGUAGAAAUGAGCUUGGAAUAAACCUCCUCGCCGUCCAGAUGAUUGCUUUCGUCGUGGUGUAGGUGUGAAAUACGAUCUUUCUUGCUGUUUGAGAUGUUGUUUCAGAUGGAAAGGUCGAGGCACGACUUCGCACGCAGUGUGUUUGCACAAGGACGAAGGAACACAAAUCUCGCCCGAGUCCAAGACGAAGACCAAGAGGUUCAGGUGUCGUUCUGGAGCAGUUAUUCUUUACAGUUUUCCCACAAAGAGUAAGUCACUUUGUCAUUGAUCAGCUUCAUGAUGUUAAGUCAAGGAGAUCCCUCGAAGGCAAAAAAUUUAAAGAUUUAGGCGGCUCCUGUGUCUCCACAUUUUCCACCGUCACUACAGUAAAAUUUGGUUCCGCGCAGUGUCGGCAGAGCAAAUCCAAAUCUCCCCUUCUG